AUGGACGGCGCUUAUCGUGACAUUUGUGAUGGAUAUGUUGGAGUUACUGCAAGAAUUUUUCAAAAAUAUGUUGUUCCUGUUUACAAAAGUUUUUUACCGUGUUUCCCUGAGAAUAAGAGAGGUCUUAUGUUUCUCCUCCCUUUAAAAAAAAACUCGAGAGAUGUUUUAUUUUCGGGAAACACGGAGUGGACUCGAGGCUUCGCACUGGCAUUCCCCGCGGCAACGCCAAGCAGCGAAGAAGCAGGCAAUAGGCAGCGGAGGGUAGAGUGGACCCGAGGCCUCAUCCAGGGCUUAGCACAGCUGCAGAAAACGCCGGCUCUGGUGCUCAUUGUUGCUGCAGCAAGACCGAACUAG